AUGAUGCUAUAUGGAACCCUUACGCCCGCUCUCCCCGCACUUCCGGUUCUCCCCGCACUUCCCGUUUUCCCCGCACUUCCCCGUUCUCCCCGUUCUCCCCGCUCUUCCCGCUCUCUCCGCUCUUCCCGCUCUCCCCGCUCUCCCCGCUCUCCCCGCUCUUCACACCGAUUUCCGGCCGGGGCCCUCUCCAAAGUGCUUCGCUUCCAUUCCGCCCACCACCACCCCUCCCUCCCCUCCUCCCCACCACACACCCGCACUCUCCAUUCCUUCCGCUCUUUCCGCGUUUCCACGUUGUUGGGACGAAUGAUUGCAACGAUCGCCAGAGUGAGGGCCUCGCUCCCUCCCACCUGCCUCCUCCUCCUUCUCCUCCUCGCCAUCGCCCUAACCACGCCUCUCCACACCACCACCGCCGCCGCCGCUACCGGUAAAGGCGAGUGCUGGCGGGAGAAAAAAGAUCUGGAGGAGUGCAGAGCGGUGGAGAAGGUUGCGGCGGAGCGGAAGGAGGCGAUGGAGAUCAAGGCGAAUGCGACGGAGGAGGCGGCGCACAAGGGGCGGGACAGGAUGUUUGAGUGCAAGGAGAAGGUCGACCAGGACAAGGAGGCGUGGCACAACGAGAAGAGCGAAAUCACUGCACGCAUCGCCACUCUGGACAAGAAGGCAAAGGAGCUGGAGGAACGGGUUAAUGCCCUGGACAAAGAGUUGUAG